CAACAGUUAGUCAGGCAACUCCGUAGCUUGCUAGACAAAAUAGACGAACCAAUAAAGCUCUUUCGACGGGUUCGCGUAGCCACUGUAUUUUAAACCCACUUCUGUCGUCUGGUUAGUUAUCCGAUUUAAUUUCAUAUUUACGGUGUUGUUAUUAGUCAGCUAGCGGGCUGGUUAAGUUAGCAUUAGCCUAGCUAGCUAACAUCUCUGACCAUGAGUUCACUAAGCUACUCUCCUCCUGUUAAAGAAGAGGUCUGCUGGACGGAGAAAGAGGAUCUUGUGAAAGAGGAAGAGGAAGAGGAGGAUGUUACAAUACAAAAACAAGUAGAGGGUGAGACUGUUACCGUGAAAGAAGAAGAGAAAGACGUUUCCGUUAAAGAAGAGGAAGACGCGUUCAGAGUGAAAGAGGAAGUUGCAGUAAAAGAAGAGGAGGAAGAGAAAGAGGAGGAUGCCGUGUUUGGAGUGAAGGAAGGAGAGAUGACUGUCACACAGAAAAAGGAGGAAGAAGAGGAGGAAACUGCAUAUCUGGGCCCGGUUUCCCUAACGCAUCUUAUUAAGGUGUCCGAUGGUUGUAAUGAUGAACUUAGCUGUAAAAUGGUUUUGAGAAACCGUUCCUCGAUUUACACUAAAGAGAGACAAGACUACCGUGGGUCCUCUGGGGAGCCCCAAUUACAUCAUGAAGCUGACGAGGCAGAGACGAGUCUCUCCACUUCAGAACAUCUCAAAUUCCAGCAGAGACCCACAGGAAUGAAACCUCACCACUGCUCUGUCUGCGGGAAUAGUUACGCAAGAUCAGAUUCACUAAAAGCACACCAGAGAAUUCACACUGGAGAGAAACCUUACAGCUGUUCUCAAUGUGGGAAGAGUUUUACUACAUCUAGCCGCCUGACUAUACACCAGAGAACACACACAGGAGAGAAACCUUUCCACUGCUCUGACUGUGGGAAGAGUUACUCAAGAUCAGAGUCACUAAAAGCACACCAGAGAAUUCACACUGGAGAGAAACCUUAUAGCUGUUAUCAAUGUGGGAAGGGUUUUACUACAUUGUGCAAGCUGACUAUACACCAGAGAACACACAUGGGAGAGAAAUCUUUCCACUGCACAGACUGUGGGAAGCGUUUUCUGAUAUCAGGACAUUUAAAAUCACACCAGAGAAUACACACAGGAGAGAAGCCUUAUAGCUGUGAUCAAUGUGGGAAGAAUUUUAGUCACUUAAGCAGCCUGAUAGUUCACCAGAGAACACACACAGGAGAGAAACCUUAUAGCUGUGAUCAAUGUGGGAAGAGUUUUACUCAGUCUAGUCAGCUGACUAGGCACCAGAGAACACACACAGGAGAGAAAUAUUUUAGCUGUGAUCAAUGUGGGAAGACUUUUACUGAGCCUGGUAACUUGACUAAGCAUCAGAGAACACACACAGGAGAUAAACCAUAUAGCUGUGAUCAAUGUGGGAAGAGAUUUACUGAGUCUGGUAACUUGACUAAGCACCAGAGAAGACACACAGGAGAGAAGUCACAUAGUUGUGAUCAAUGUGACAAGAGAUACUCUGAUAAUCGAUCUCUUAUUAAACAUCAGAAAAUACAUGAAGGAGUUGUUUCAUGAUAUCAAUGAAAUAAUGUUACAAUGUAGAAUGUUUUAACAUUGUAGUAGGAGUAUUUUAAUGAUGUCACAAUGUAGAAUGUUUUAACAUUGUAGUAGGAGUAUCUUAAUGAUGUCACAGUGUAGAACCCUAAA